AUGUAUGCCACAACCCUCCUUCCCCUCCUCGCCCUCGCCAUCACCACCCUCACCGCACCCCUCGACACGCGCCGCUGGGGUCCAGAGGAAUACUAUUCCCUCGGCUGUCCCACAAACACCACCAAGCCCUACGCGUCUCAAUACCAGCAAACCGAGGUCCUCAACACCUUCGCCAACGAGGUGUUCGUGCACCAAGAAGUAGCUCUUGGCUACGACACUUAUGCCGCCGUGAAUUUUAUCAAUCAUGCCCCCGAGGUCGCUGGUAACGGCACCGCGAUCGUAAUCCCCUUCCAAAGCGCCGAGCUCAAAGGCGGCUCCGUCGUCCUCCAACGUGUCUUCGUCGGCACCAACCUAACCGGCACAUCCUUCGGCACCAUCCACUUCAGAGGCAACAGCGUUGCGUUCGGCGAGGGUGACAUCGCCGGUAUAUGGAGGAUGAUCGGAACGUGUCUGGUGGAGUACUGGGAUGUGGCUUCGGGGGUGGAGGCGAGUGAGAACCCCAUUGCUUACUUUUAG